GAGCGACCGUUGGAGGCGAGGGAAAGAAGAAAAAAAACGGAAAUAAAAAAAAACAGAUUUACAGAUAAUAACGCGGAGCAAGAUUAUUUUUCCUCAGUAAUAUUCUGUCGAAUGAAUACGUUUACAGUGUUUAAAAAGACCAAUGCAUACCAUAUAUCGGCUGUAGAAGCGCCGUGCAGAGCAGCAGUCUGAAGGCGUACAAAGGGAGGAGGACAGGAAAUUAAGGAGAUACCUUGAAGGUCUCCGUCUAUCCACAUUUCAGCUGGAGCCAGAGAGGAGGCGGAGGAGGAGGAGGAGAGAAGGGAGCCGGGGAGCACGAGUCGUGCCUGCUUUUGGCAGCUGUUCCAGCAGCCACUUGGGUUCACUUUUCCCCCUCCUGCAUUGCCUGUUUUUGGGCUUUUGUUUUUUGAUGAACCAGUUCAUAUUUUUAACUUUGUGAGAUUCAACUGCUGUAAAACAAAAGAACGGAAACCUAAGAUCUUCAAGAGAGUUUUAUUUUUUUGUUCCAUCAUUGAUUUUCAAGAUUCUUUUUGUUUAAUUUUUUUUUAUGUUUUACAACUUUAUUCAGCUGUGAGUAGCAGGAGCUUCCAUUCUCCAAACUAUCAACGAAAGCCCUUCCUUCCUUAGAUAGGACCUGAUAACCUGGUAUUCCUCAAGCACCUAAAACUGGCAGCUAUUCUCUUCGUCUUUGUGUGUUUGGGGAGUUCUUCUGUGACCACAGCUUAAGCACCACUCAGCCUUCUAGUCACCUAAGCCUAACUAAAGCCAGCCAGCUCUAGCCUGGUCCAGCCCAGUCUAGCCUGCUCCGAUUAUUUGGACAGGAUACUCAGUUCUGUUGGGACGUGAGGAAUAUGACUGCUGAGACUCUUAACUUCGGCCCAGAAUGGCUUCGUGCACUGUCCAGUGGGGGGAGUGUGACGUCUCCCCCUCCUUCCCCUGCCAUGCCAAAGUACAAGCUGGCCGAGUAUCGCUACGGCCGAGAGGAGAUGUUAGCACUUUAUAUCAAAGACAACAAGGUCCCAGAGGACAUGCAGGAUAAGGAGUUUGCUGCUAUUUUGCAAGAUGAGCCCAUGCAGCCCCUGGCACUGGUGCCUCUCACCGAGGAGGAGCAGAGAAACUUCUCCAUGUCCGUGAACAGCGCAGCAGUGCUGAGGCUCAUGGGAAAGGGAGUGGCCAGUGCUGCUCCCACGGGAGUCGUCCGAGGACGAGGGGCCGCUAGAGGUGGUCGAGGCCGAGGCCGUGGUGAAGGGGGAUUCUACCAAAGAAGUAUUGAGGACGCUGAAGUGGGAUUUAGUCGCAGCGUCCGAGAGAUCCACCGCAGCCAGAGCUGGGACGACCGGGGCGAGCGUCGAUUUGAGAAGCCGCUGCGGCGGGAGGUGGGGCGCCCCACUUUUGAAGAAAGCAGUGGUCCCGUGGCUCCGGCGAGGAAGGAGUACACAAGGGCUGACAGUGAUAACUGGCGCACCCUUAGAGAGGAGCAGGAGGAGGAAGAGGGGGAACCAGGAACCAACUGGAGACUCUCUGGACUCCGCAGGGAUGAUGGUGGUCCUCGCUCAGCAGGCUGGCGGGAACACAGCGGUCCAGGGGAAGGUCGCAGAAGGAAGUUUGAUUUCGACUUCCGGGACUCCGAGGGUCACGGUGCUGGCCGCCGGCGUGCAGGGAGCGAGGGAUUGGAGGACGACAGGGACGGCCUGCCUGAGUGGUGCACUGAUGAGGAGGAUGGAGGAAUGGGAACGUUUGACUCUUCUGGAGCCUUCAUGCCGAUGAAGAAGGGUGGCAAGGAGACAAUCCUGGAGGAAGAGUUUGAUUUUAAGGGCAUAGAGGAGGAGGACGAUGAGGAGGGCUUUCCUGAUUCAGAGAGGAGCAAUGGAGAAGGAGAUAAAGACAUGGAGAGUAGAACUCUCCUUCCUGCUGCAGGGGAAGACAAGAUGAAGCCGCCAACACCCUCCUCCUCUCCUCCCCACUGUGCCCCACCGUCACUGGAGCUGCAGCCUGGAAGCGGCGCUCCAGUGAUGGAGAACUCUCAGAUGAACAGCAGCCACUCUGUCAAGGCCAGCAACGUCGCCGGGGACGGCGCGGCCUCCGUCGGAGCCUCCAAGGCACAGCUCAGCCCCAGCGUCGCCUCCAACGCCACCUCCUCCAGCCUACCUCCCCCUCCCUCCUCCUCUGCUGCUCCGCUCCACCCUCCCUCUGGGGGAGACACUGAGGACGAUGAAGGCCUGAAACACCUGCAACAGGAGGCAGAGAAGAUGGUGGCUUCACUGCAGGACACUUCUUUGGAAGAUGAGUGUUUCACCCAGGCUCUGCAGCAGCAGCAGGAGAGCAGGAACACGGCGGCUGCUCUGCCGUUAUCUCAUGAAGCUGCCAUGAAGUGGUUCUAUAAAGACCCACAGGGAGAGAUCCAGGGUCCGUUCACCACGGUUGAGAUGUGCGAGUGGUUCCAGGCCGGCUACUUCACCAUGACCCUGCUGGUGAAAAGAGGCUGCGACGAGGGCUUUCAGCCACUGGGGGAAGUCAUCAAGAUGUGGGGCCGCGUGCCCUUCGCCCCCGGGCCCUCGCCGCCGCCCCUGCUAGUGAGGCAGCUCCCUCCAACGCAGCGCUCGCAAUCCACCCGGGGAUCCUCCGGGACUGGGAACCUGGAGCAGGAGCGGCUCAAAAAGCAGCAGGAGCUGGCGACGGCAGCUCUUUAUCAGCAGCUCCAACAGCAGCAGCUAUUCCAGCUCAUUAACAGGUGCAGUGAGCAGGGUAUGAUGCCUUCGAUGAACAGGUCGAUGUCAGUGCCAGAUACAGGGUCCAUGUGGGACAUGCAUACCUCAGCUUCACAGUCGUCAGGCGGUGAAGCCAGUCUUUGGGACUUAACAAUGAAUCCUAAUACUCAGGGUCCAACUCUUGAACAGCUUCAGAAGCUCCAGGAGAGGCGAGACGCCGAACUCAGGGCGAAGCGCGAGGAGGAGGAGCAGCGCAAGAGGAGGGAGGAGAAGAGGAGGCAACAGGAGGAGCAGAAGAGAAGGGUGGAGGAGGAGGAACUCUACAGACGCAAGCAGCGUCAGGAGUUGCUCAUGAAGCUGAUGCAGCAGCAGUCCCCCCAGCAACAGGGUCCUGGAGUGGGAGGCUCAGGUUGGAGCAGCGCCUCCUCUUCUGGGCUUUCCAAGGCAGGGAAGUCUCUGACCAUGCUGGAGAUGCAGGAGGCAGAGAGGAUCUUAAAGCAGCAGCAACAGAGAGCCCAGCAGCAAAGACAUCCCAGUCUGUCUAUGGGGAGCUCCUCCUUAGGCGGGCAGUGGGCCGAUGGAGUCGGCAUGUGGGGCGGUGGUUUGGAGGGGAAAGGCGGAAGCGGAGGCUCGUCCAGCAGCAUGGGGAUGUGGGACGAGGCUGUGAAGAACCAGGGCGGCCUGCGUGGGAACGGCAACAACAACAUGGGCUUGAAGAACAGCCGCAGCAGCCCCUCACUGACUGAUCAGUACAUGAUGCGUCGCAAGAGAACAGAGGAUGAGGAGAAGCUGCUGAAGCUGCUGCAGGGCAUGAAGCCUCAGGACGGCUUCACCACCUGGUGUGAACAGAUGCUGCACGCUCUCAACACCUCUGCCAACAACUCCUCUUCCUCUCUGGAUGUUGCCACUAUUGUGGCUUACCUGAAGGAGGUGGAGUCUCCCUAUGCAGUGCUGGAUUUCAUCCGGUCCUACCUUGGGGACACAGUGGAAGCCAAAGAGUUCGCCAAACAGUUUCUGGAGCGACGUGCCAAACAGAAAGCCAACCAACAGAGACAGCAGCAACAGCUUUCAAAAGAAGUGGGUGGGUUGAACAUGAACUUCCCUCUGCAGGACUCAAUGCGAGGUAUGAAUCCAAGCACUCUGCAGUCCAUGUUUCAGGCCAACCACAUGGGCAAAGGUAGUCUCUAUGACAACCAGGGAGGAAAGAUGAAGAAGAAACCAUCCAUGAUGCUGCACUCUGAUCCCAGCAUCUUGGGUUACUCAUUCCACAACACAGGCGAUUGUCUGGGCAUGAAUGAUAUGGAGAUGGUGGAGGAUUACUGAUGUGACACAGCGCAGCAGCAAUAGCUACCUGAGGCCUUUUCUGUCUUUUAAUCAGACAAACCUGAUGACGAAUGUGCACUGCUGGGGGAACC